GUGCCGGGUGGAGAGUAUGGCGAGCUUGGGGACAGCCUCCCUGCCAUCGCCUCCAUGAACUCUUCCUACUCUACAUCGCUGUCUCUCCCUUCCCCAUACCGGCUUGUACCACCUGCAGAGCGCAAGGCCAUUUCUGAUGUCCGUCGCACCUUCUGUCUCUUUGUGACGUUUGAUCUGCUCUUCAUCUCACUUCUCUGGAUAAUUGAGCUGAAUAUCUCCAACACAAUUGGGGACAAUUUAGAAAAAGAGGUCGUCCAUUAUAACUUCAGGUCUUCCUUCUUUGACAUCUUUCUCCUCGCUGCGUUUCGUUUCCUCUGUCUGCAAGUAGGAUAUGCUGUUUUUCGGUUGAAGCAUUGGUUGUUUGUUGCAGUUACCACUCUGGUGACCACUGUCUUCCUUGUUCUCAAGGUCAUCCUAUCUAACCUCCUGUCCCAGAAUGCCUUUGGCUAUGUGUUACCCAUCACCUCGUUUGUGGUGGCGUGGUUGGAGACCUGGUUCCUUGACUUUAAGGUGCUCACGCAGGAGACCAAGGAUGAAAGAGCCUACCUAGCAGCAGUGAAUGCAGCCUGCGAGCGUGCCCCCAUGAUGUACCCCCGUGCUGUUUCAGAUGGACAAUUCUACUCCCCACCUGAAUCUUUCGUAGACUCCGAAGAGGAUCUGGACGAGGAGGGUCUUGGGCACAGUGCUGUCACAGCUCAGGAGAAGGAGUAUGUCAGGCAGGGUCGUGAAGCCAUGUCUCUGCUGGAACAGAUCCUAGCCCAGGAGGACAACUGGAAAUUUGAAAAGAACAAUGACAUGGGAGACUCUGUCUACACCCUGGAGAUUCCCUUCCAUGGAAAGACGUUCAUUCUCAAGGCUCUUAUGCAGUGUCCUGCUGAGCUCGUGUACCAGGAGGUGAUUCUGCAACCAGAGAAGAUGGUCCAGUGGAACAGAACUGUUUCUGUCUGUCAGAUCCUUCAGAGAGUUGAUGACAACACCUUAGUAUCAUAUGAUGUCUCUGCUGGAGCAGCAGGUGGAGUUGUGUCCGCCAGGGACUUUGUUAAUGUUCGGCGAGUGGAACGCAAACGAGACUGCUACCUAUCUGCAGGCAUGGCAACCGACCAUGAUGCCAAACCUCCAUGCAACCGCUACGUCAGGGGAGAGAAUGGCCCUGGAGGAUUUGUGGUCCUCAAAUCCAGCUGUAAUCCAUCUGUCAGCACCUUCAUCUGGGUCCUGAACACAGACUUGAAGGGCCACCUGCCCCGCCUCCUCAUCCACCAGAGCCUGGCCGCCACCAUGUUUGAGUUCAUGUCCCAUUUACGCAAACAUAUUGCUGACCUGCGCUCUCACCACUCUCAGCACCACCACCACCACCACCACACUUAAAACAGGAGCCACGUCUGUGCCACAGCUGUUUGAGAGGUGUCACUCCUGUUUUGAUCUUUGUAAACCCCAGAUAUGGGUCAUAGCAGCGAGCCUCUGAUGCGGAGAUGAAGGAAGGUGCUACAGGAUCUGAUGAGCCUGCACUUCUAAGCCUGGGGGGACAUGUGACCACACAGUCAUCACAUUUCAGUCACACAAGAAGUUGAGAUUCAGUAGUCAAAGAUGUUGUUUCUCCUUAAACUUGAUCAAUGUUGGGUUUUUUUUUUUUGUGUGUGUGUGUGUGAUCACAUUCAUAUUCUUUAGAGGGCCUGGAAUUAUUUUGCCCUGUCCCUCAUAAUAAAGUGGAAACAGUUUCCUGAAAGCAUUGUUUGGGCACGUUGACUUUGCUGAAACAAGAAGUAUAGAUUAAAGUGAUCCUCACCGUGCAGACAUCGGUCUCGCUUUUACAAAGGAAUUGAUACAAUGGCAUGAAACAGCCAUUUCUGAGCAUUACCUUACUGCACAUGUUAACAGUUAAUUUGCUGCCUUUUUUUUUAAUUUUCAUUGCAAAUGCUUAAAUGUGGUUUUCUGGUGCACAUGCCCCACGACAAACGCUUCACAGACAUAUCUUCAGCAAGUAUUCAGUUGUACUGAGUAAAAGCUGUUGACAUGCAGUUUAUUCUUCUUAGCUAUACUGUGACAGAUGAGGAAAGAAGGCACUUGGUCUUUAACUUAUUAAGCCCGAGGGUGCUAUAAGGUGUAACUCGCCUAAACAGACGUACCCGAAAUAGCACCGUAAGACGGGACCCUGUACCAGGUCCAUAGGAUUUAACAGGCUAAUUGCCUCUAGAGGGAGAAACCACUGAUCUGCUAGAUGAAAGCCUCUAGAGUUUGACACCCUCCUCUUUCCCAGGGUGUAAAUAUUUGAUCAACUGAGGGUGUAUCACUGAGGGUUUUUAAAUUCUGCCUUUGCUUUGCACUUUCAGGAUUGGGAGUCAGAUCUGGAGGAUGUUAGUUUGUGUUGCAAAUGCUUUAUCAGGCUCCGUUAAUAAAAUGAAGGUGAUUAUAAUGUCCAUUAAUAAGGAUGCUGUACACUUACUAAAGCCUGUCUUUUGUGCCAAUAGACACAAGUGGCCUUGUGGUAAAAAGGAGAGCUCCUUAUUUAUCAUCAACCCUUAUUCCUGUACUGAUAUGAUUUUUCAUUGUAGUUUGGAGCCGGCCUUCCCUCAGGCCUAGAGAUGUGGCUCUGAAUGAGGUUUCUCUGUAAUUUCUUACAUUACGAUGCAUUAUGAUUGCUCAUUUACAAAUGUCACUUCCAGCCUAUUACGUUUCAGCUGUGUUUCAAACUCUGCACCUCAGUAUUAUGAUGUACCUCAGAAAAAUGAUGAUUUCUAUUUGCAUAUGUCAUGAAAACUGGGAAAAGGCUGAAGUCUGGCCAUUGGUUCACACUUGUGUGGAGUUGAACCAAAGAGUAAAUUGUUCUUCCUUGUGCUUAUCAGUCUUGAGAAAUAAGGCACAAAACCACUUUGUUCAUGAUUUGAAGGAGCGUAUUAAUUUGCCACAUCACACACACUCGCAGCACUGCCAGUCGGCCUUUUGGGCAUUGAACUUUAUCGGCUGAGUUAUUUGUGGAAGCUGCAGUCACAGUCUGAAAUUAUUCCACUCUUCCAAACUAUGGUUGUUGAGAUUCUUUUUGGAUAAUUUGUCACAACUGAUUAUUAGUUGCUCACUGUAUGGAAGGAAUAUUAAAUUAAAGCACUUAAUAUCAAUAAUUUGGUGCCUUUAUCACAGUCACAUGACAAAUCAGCCUUUUCUUUUGCUUCAUGUUUGCAGCAUAUAUUUUCAACAACGGUAUACUGUAGGGGUAGGAAGCCUGUUUAGAGUACUUAGGUUUUCUUUAGUGAUUAUCUUUGAGUGUAUUUUUCUUGGGAUCAUUCAUCAAACAUGUUAAUUUAAAGGCAUAACAACUGACCAAUAUUUUUUUUGUCUUGUCUAAUAAAAUAUAUGAGCUCA